AUGCCAUCCGACAAGUCUGAGAAGGACGGCAGCAAGGAUAAAGGCGGUGAUCGGAAGAGCGGCAAGGAUGGAAAGGGCGGAAGAGAUCAGAGGGGCGGCAAAGAUGAGAAAGGCGGGAAGGGGCAGAGCAGCAAACAGUCAGCCGCUGAGAUCCGCGCGGAAGAGUACGACGCGUUUGUCAAGGCCUGUGUCACAUCCCACGCCGCCUGGCUCUCCGCCCCUCUCCUCACCAUCUCCCCCUCCAUCUCAAUCUCCAUCCCCCACUUCGCCACCCUCCUCCUACUCCUCCUGACGCUCCUCCUCCUCCUCUCGCCCGCAUCCUGGAUACCCCACAUCGCCGCGCCCAUCACCCUCCUCAUACCCCUCCAGAACACCCUUCGGUGUAUCGGCGCGGCGCACGAUAAGCGCAAGGGCGGGAGCGGUGGGUCCGGCGAUGUGGUGCAGUGGGUGAUCAUUUGGAUUGGGUGGGUGGGGCUCGGAUGGGUGGGGGAGAUGGUCAGGUGUUUCAGACCCGGGUGGAGGGGGGUGUGGGAGAUUGGGAGGGUGGGUGCGGGGAUUGUAUUGGCGGGGCCGUGGUUUGGGAAGGCGGCACUGGUGCCCGGAAAGCCCAGUUCCAAGCUCGCCGAGGCGGAGAAGAGGGAAGCGGGUGAAGCUGCGAAAGCUGAACAAGCGAGCAAGAAGGGAGAUCCGAGUAAGAAGGAUGGUAAAUGGGAGGCGAAAGACGAGGACAAGGCAAAGGCAGACGCGAAGAAGAGAGCUGAGAGGAAGGCAAAGGCGAAGAAGGAGCAGAAGGAAGAUGGGGCAUGA